GUUAUUAUCAUUUUUUUUAAUUGUGUGUUCUUAUGAAGGCAGCUGGAUUUCUGUAAGUAUUUCUUUCAUUUAUAUUUUUAUUAACUUCCUCAGGUAAAUUCGUCAUGUUGUUGUAAUUCUAAUUGACUUGAAAUUUGUUGCUUCACCAGCAAUUUCUAAAUAUUAAUGACAACUUUCAAACUUCUUUUACUACUCCAAUUUAUUUCACUAUUAACAAUACUACAAUAUUACAACUCUCGAAACAACGGGAACAACAACUGGAACCACUCCAGAAACAACAACAGGAACAACAACUGCAACCACUCGAGAAACAACAACAGGCACUGCAACAGGAACAACAACUGCAACCACUCCAGAAAUAACGACAGGUACCACAACAGGAACAACAACUGGAUCCACUCCAGGAACAACAACAGGCACCACAACAGGAACAACAACUGGAACCACAAGAGAAACAACAACAGGCACCACAACAGGAACAACAACUGGAACCACUCCAGGAACAACUCCAGGCACGACAACAGGAACAACAACUGGAUCCACUCGAGAAACAACUCCAGGCACUACAACAUUAACAACAACUGCAACAACUCCAGAAACAACAACUGGAACCACCCCAGAAACACCGUCUACCACCACGGGAGAAACCACCACAAAAGGAACAACACCUGGAACAACUCUUGAAACAACAACAGGAACAACAAGUGGAGUGACUCCAGAGACAACAUCAGGCACCACAACAGGAACAACAAUUGGAACCACAAGAGAAACAACAACAGGCACCACAACAGGAACAACAACUGGAACCACUCCAGGAACAACAACAGGCACCACAACAGGAA